ACACUUAACACGCAACUUCCUGGCUUCCUUCUUAUGCCCUGUUUAGACUGCUCACUCGUUUCCUAUAUAAAAGACGCUUCUGCCUUGCGGGAACUUCACAUCUGAGCCAAACAAUUCCUUAUUCACAACUUUUUGGGAAAAUUCAAUUCAAUAGCAAUGGCCCUCGAAGCUUUGAACUCUCCCACGGCGGCGACGGCGUCGUUUCAGUUCGAUAACGGCGCUUUCGAGGCGUGGACUAAAGGCAAGCGGUCAAAGCGGCCGCGGAGUGAGCCGACGGAGGAGGAGUACUUGGCGCUGUGUUUGAUCAUGCUCGCUCGCGGCGGCGCCGGCGCAGUUAUGCCACGGCAUGGAGUGGUGGUGCCGGCGCCGCCGCGGCCUCCUGUGCCGGCGGAUUCUUCGAAAUUGGUUUAUAAGUGUUCGGUUUGUAACAAGGCUUUUGGAUCUUACCAAGCUUUGGGCGGCCACAAGGCGAGCCAUCGGAAGCUCACCGGCGGCGGAGAUGAGCAGUCAACCACCUCCGCCUCCGCCUCCGGGUCCGUCGGCGCCGCCGCCGCGACUACCGCCGUCGGCGGCAGGACGCACCAGUGUUCGAUCUGCCACAAGUGCUUCCCCACCGGACAAGCCUUGGGAGGGCACAAGCGACGCCACUACGACGGCGGCGCACACAGCAACGCCGCCGCGACUACGUCGGAGGGUGUGGGGUCCACAGCCAGCCACCGGGCUGAGUUCGACUUGAACCUGCCGGCUCAACCCGAUCACUUCUGGCCCCGAUUUGGCGCCGCCGGCGAAGAUGAAGUCUCGAGCCCCCACCCGGCGAAGAAGUCGCGGCUGUCGGCGCCGUUGAAGCUGGAAAUCCAGUGAACGGCCGCCGGAAUUCAAGAAAUUAGGAAAAAUUAAAAUCGCCGGUAGCUAAUGUCGAUUCAAGAUUAAUUUCGCAUUUAAAAUUGGUGGAGUGGGAUUUAUUUAUUUUUAUGUAAAUAGAAUUGGAUGAAUCAGUGCUAGUCAUUGUUUAAUUGAUAUCAAUCUCGAAUU